CCGGUAGAUGAGGUCAACUUUUCCCCAGAUCCGCCAUUUCAGUCCCGGAGUUUGUAGUUGCACUUUAGUUUUGACUUUAUUUCUGACUCUUUUUAACGUGUUUGUGGAUACAGCAGAAGUCCCACCAACUAACAGCGACAUCAUACAUUACUCCUGGAAGUUUUGGUGUUGUGUAUAUUCUUGUUUUUCCAGGAGGAAGCUGGUUAAUCCACGAAAGUUUUUGCAUGAGUUUCGGAUUUAUAGGCUGAGCAGGACCCGGGUUCGAAUCCUGCUCGCGGACGAAUUUUACUGCAUGUCAUCCAUUCUGUGAAUAAAAAGCACUGGUUGCAAAAAGAAGGAAUAAGGAAUAAAAGGCCUUAAAAGCCUCGGUGGGGAUUUUCACAGUCAUGGCGGGUAACUUUGACGCUGAGGACCGUGGGAGCUGGUUUUGGGGCAGAUUGAGCAGGCAGGAAGCCGUUUCUCUGCUCCAGGGAGGCCGGCAUGGCGUGUUUUUAGUCCGGGAAUCCAUCACCAGUCCGGGGGAUUACGUGCUGUCCGUGUCUGAAAACUCAAAAGUGUCCCAUUAUAUCAUCAACAGUAUCAGCAACAACCGGCAGUCUGGAUCAGGUUUGGCUCCUCCUCGGUUUCGGAUCGGCGACCAGGAGUUCGAGGCUCUUCCCGCCCUGCUGGAGUUUUACAAAAUCCACUAUCUGGACACCACCACGCUCAUAGAGCCCAUAAACAAAUCCAAACACACGGGGUUCGUCAGCGCGUCGGCCGGCCCUCCCGUUCAGUCCGACGAGGCCGAGUUCGUCCGGGCGCUUUUCGAUUUCCCCGGAAACGAUGACGAGGAUCUUCCUUUCAAAAAAGGCGACAUCUUGAGAGUUCUGGAAAAACCUGAAGAGCAAUGGUGGAACGCAGCGAACCAGGAAGGUCGUGCCGGGAUGAUUCCAGUCCCGUACGUUGAAAAGUACCGACCCGCCUCACCCACUGGUACCAGUCCAGUUACUGGUGCUGCUGGAGGGGUUUCAGGCCCCACAGAUCCAUCGGGGGCCCCUUCAGGAAACCCUCUGGGGGAACCGGGGCCAUACGCUCAGCCCGUGGUGAACGCUCAGCUGCCCAAUCUACAGAACGGACCCGUUUUCGCCAGAGCGAUCCAGAAGAGAGUUCCCAACGCCUACGACAAGACGGCGCUCUCUUUGGAGGUGGGAGACAUGGUGAAAGUGACCAAGAUCAACGUGAACGGUCAGUGGGAGGGAGAGUGUAAAGGCAAGCGAGGCCAUUUCCCUUUCACACACGUCCGACUGCUGGAACUAAACAACCCAGAGGACGAGAGCUGAGAAACACACACACACAUUAACACACACACACACCAUCCUCUGGUUCUUAUGUCACGCUCGGGAAACAUCGACGUGACGGGAUGUCGUCGUUUUGAAGAGUUUACACUAAGGUGAGACUGAUAUCGGUUAGCAUAUGUUAGCUUAGCAUUGCACACUGCCCUCCGUUACCUGCCUCCUUGAAUAUUUCCUACGAAAUAUGAAAUUAAAUCAAAUAAUGAAGCAUUUAUUGGUUUAGUAUUUAUUUCUAAUGUUGCAUUUUUGAAAGAAAAACACGGUUAUUGUCAGUUGCGAAAUUAGCCUAGCUUAGCUUAACGUUAGCAGUUAGCUUCUGACUCAAGAGAAAAGAAAACUACUUCCAAUUAAUCCAGAUUUUUCUUUGUUUAUGGACACUAUUUUUUCCCCCAUUCUUAAUAGCUGGCGUAAAUGCUGUUAAACCCUUUCUAGAGAAUUCUUAGAAAUAUGGAUUUCUUCCAAAGUCCAUGUAUUUUAACAUUAAAACGGGAAUUAAACGCAGCAAUUUUACCGCACAAGAUGCCUAUUUUUAAUCCCAACUACCCAUUAGACAUCAUUUAUAUGACACAAGGUUCAGUUGCAAUUAAAACACUCAUAAUUAAAGAUAUUUGUUUUAACAAUUUUUCCUUUUUAAAUCCUGAACCUAUCGGCCAGUACGUUAAAAUAAAAAAAUAAAUAUAAUAUUAUUUCAAAACGGCUUUAUACUUUGUAUUGAAGCUCCAUACUGAGAAUAAAUGCCAAAAAACUAGAUUAUUUUCUGCAAUAAUCCAAAAUCACAUGGAGAAAUCCCAUUGAUGUUUCCUAAAGGGAACCAGGGAGAUGCUGCCUUCAGGGUCGGCUACAAAAAUACGACAUCCCUAUACCACCCUUAAAGUUGUGUGAACAGGAGGUAAGCUGCUAACGGUGAAACAACUGUUAUAAUUGGAAUACAAGGAUAUAAGCAUGGAAAUAGUUGUAGAAGAUAACAAGAUGUGCAGUAUUUAGCGUCAGUCACCGAUAUCAGUCGAACCGUAGAGUUUCCACACCCUCCAGCCCAGUAUUGAACACACACUUCUUCUUCCCUUCCUGUGUUUUCCUGUAUCUCCACCCACUGAUUCACACAGAAGGGAAACCAUCAAGAGACAAAUCUCCUCACAGAAUCAUGACUCAAGUUCCUGUGAAACCUCGGAGUGAAAGACUUUUCCCGAUGGAAACUCCACCGACUUAUUUACAUCCCACACUACGAACAAAGUCCUCUUUUUUUUGUACUAAAAGUGGAAAAUAUUACGAUAGAAUUGACUAUAUAUAUACACACACACCUUACAUGCUAAAUACUGUACUUUCCCUUUUCCUUUAUAUUUGAUUUUGUUACCAGAGACUGUUCACCUGUUAUAUAUUCUUGUGAAACACUAUUCAGCGCCAACGUGGACGACUUUAAACGAACAAGAAUACGCUUUGAGGCUGUUUUUAGAGGAGGAGGAGGAGGAGGAGGAGGAAGGUGGAGGGAUUUUAUUUUUGUCUUCCAGCAGGGUUUUUUAUGACAUUGUCACUCCACUUUGAAAACGCUUCAGCAUUUCUUUAUGUAUUCCUGGUGAAACGGCCACUUUAUGUCACUUCUUGUGCCGUGAUCGACAUUUUCUGCAGGUCAUCUUAAUCCACGAUAACUGACUUUUGAAAUACUCAAAGGCAAGAAAUGGUCUAUAACUGUAGGAAUGUGGUUCUCCUUAAUGCUUAAUGUCAUGUUUGUUUAAUGCAAAAUGAGCAAAACUCUUAACCUUCCUGUUGUUAAUGUUGACCUGCUUCUCGAUGUUUUAAGUCCCAAUAAGGAGGUAUAUCUAAUUGCUACACAUUAAGACAUUAAUAAUCACUACUUUUUAUUGAAGUAUGUGUUUUAUUUCAAUGUAUAGCAUCUGGUGUCAUUAUGUGGCUGUAAAAACACAAUGACAGCAACACGUAAGAAAGAGGAUCAUCCGGGGGUCUCACCUUUCCUACGGUGCAAUGAACUACAGUAGGAACGUGAUGAGUAACUUCAGCAGAACAUAUGUUUUUUUGGGAGGGUCUUCAGAGUCACAUCCUCUCUACCUCAUGACUUGUGUUGAAAAAGAUGAGGUUUGAGUAGGGAUUUUACAGAAGAGGACGAGCGCCACAUUUAAAAGUAAUUAAAAAAAAAUCUGAUCUGAGAAACAAGUCAGAGUUCUGAGAUUUACAGAAAAUUCCGACUGUUGCUCAGAUUUUUAUCAGAAUUACGACUUUUUUUUCAUAAUUCCGACUUUUUUAUUAGAAUCCCGACUUUUUUUGCUCAUAAUUCCGACUUUUUUUCUUCUCGUAAUUUCCACUUUUUUUUCUUCUCGUAAUUCCGACUUUUUUCUUCUUCUCGUAAUUCCGACUUUUUUGCCCAGAAUCCCGACUUUCUUCGUAGAAUUCCGACUUUUUUUCUCAGAAUUCUGACUUCUUAGUUAAAAUGUUGUUUUUAAUGUCAGAUUUUUUUUUAAUAAUUCUAAUUGUUGGUCAGAUCUAAAAAUGUCUUCCUCAUGUGUUCCUUAUCCUCUUCUGUAGAAUUCCCUGUCCUUUGGAUAUGUCAGUAUUGUUUCCGUUUAAAUGAACAAAUGGUUUCCAAAGCAUUAAAUCCCUGUUAUCCUCGUUUCUAAAUCAACCGUUCACAAAGUCCUGGGGGUCAGAUGUGUAAACAAUGCUUAUACAUAACAUCCAGUCAUAUGUAAAGUAAACAAUUCAUAGUUUACAUCAUCAAAUGUUUUUGUGACACCCUGCCAAGCUCCAUUUUGGGUUAAAAGCCAAUUUGAGCCAGUGUGAAUGACAGUAUAUAUAUAUAUUAUCUAUGCAUCAUGCAAUCAACGGCACAUCUAUUCAUUUGAAUUCCUCUGGUGUGCUUUAUGUCCCCUGUAAAUUGCCCCAGCUGUAUUUUUUUUUUAUAUACAACUGAUAUGUUUUAGUUAAAUUUUGCUGUUAUUUUUAAUUCCAUAGAAAACAGAAUUGUGAUAUCUGAAUAACACACAUAACGAAAUGUCUGCAAUCUGACCUUGGAUAUAAUGAAAUCUAAUAUGUUUACAGUGUGUUUAUAAAUUGUGAAAGUUUCCCUCCAAAUUUAAGGAAAUUAUUUUUUGUACGCGUCAUUAAUGCCAUAUUUUUAUUACCGUGUUAUGUUAAUUAAGUAUUAGGGUCUCAUCUGUGGGUUAUUUACAGCCCUGUGUGUGUUAAUAAACACAUGCAAUCGUUUCUAAUUCCCAA